GGGCAUCUCUCCCAAGGCCUGUGGACUCCUGGCUUUCUGAUCGCUACUCCAAACAUGCAGCGGCUGUUGGCUCCAGCGAGGCGGGUUCUGCAAAUGAAAAAAGUGAGGCAGGCAGCUUCUCUCACACCUGCUCACCUGCUCCCAGCAGUCCAGCAGAGGUUUUCUACAAUCCCUCCGGCCCCCCUGGCCAAAACAGACACUUGGCCCAAAGAUGUGGGCAUCCUUGCCCUGGAGGUCUACUUUCCAGCCCAAUAUGUGGACCAAACUGACCUGGAGAAGUACAACAACGUGGAAGCAGGGAAGUAUACAGUGGGCUUGGGCCAGACCCGAAUGGGCUUCUGUUCAGUCCAGGAGGACAUCAACUCCCUGUGCCUGACCGUGGUACAACGGCUGAUGGAGCGCACCAAGCUGCCGUGGGAUGCUGUGGGUCGACUGGAAGUGGGCACCGAGACCAUCAUUGACAAGUCCAAGGCUGUUAAAACAGUACUCAUGGAACUCUUCCAGGAUUCCGGCAACACGGACAUCGAGGGCAUAGAUACCACCAAUGCCUGCUACGGAGGCACUGCCUCCCUCUUCAAUGCUGCCAACUGGAUGGAGUCCAGCUACUGGGAUGGUCGCUAUGCUCUGGUGGUCUGUGGUGACAUUGCAGUCUACCCAAAUGGUAAUGCCCGCCCCACAGGUGGUGCAGGUGCUGUGGCAAUGCUGAUUGGACCCAAGGCCCCUCUAGCCCUGGAACGAGGGCUGAGGGGGACCCACAUGGAGAAUGCAUAUGACUUCUACAAACCAAACUUGGCCUCAGAGUACCCGCUGGUUGAUGGGAAGAUGUCCAUCCAGUGCUACUUCCGGGCCUUGGAUCGAUGCUAUUCGGCCUAUCGCAAGAAAAUCCAGAAUCAGUGGAAGCAAGCUGGAAACAACCAGCCUUUCACCCUCAAUGAUGUACAGUAUAUGAUCUUUCAUACACCCUUUUGCAAGAUGGUCCAGAAAUCUCUGGCUCGCCUGGUGUUCAAUGACUUCUUGUCAUCCAGCAGUGACACACAGAACAAUUUAUACAAGGAGCUGGAGGCCUUCAAGGGUCUAAAGCUGGAAGACACCUACACCAACAAGGAUGUGGAUAAAGCUCUUCUAAAGGCCUCCUUGGACACAUUUAACAAGAAAACCAAGGCCUCGCUUUACCUCUCCACAAACAAUGGCAACAUGUACACCUCAUCGUUGUACGGGUGCCUGGCCUCGCUUCUCUCCCACCACUCUGCCCAAGAAUUGGCUGGUUCCAGGAUUGGUGCCUUCUCCUAUGGCUCUGGCUUAGCAGCAAGUUUCUUUUCAUUUCGAGUGUCCCAGGACGCUUCUCCAGGCUCCCCUCUGGAGAAUCUAGUGUCUAGUGUGUCAGAUCUGCCCAAACGUCUAGACUCGCGGAGGCGCAUGUCUCCUGAGGAAUUCACAGAAAUAAUGAACCAAAGAGAGCAAUUCUUCCACAAGGUGAACUUCUCACCACCUGGUGACACCAGCAGUCUCUUCCCAGGCACUUGGUAUCUUGAACGGGUGGAUGAGAUGUACCGCCGGAAGUAUGCCCGCCGUCCCAUCUAAAGGUGAUCCAUGUACACUUCUUGAGGAGAGUAUCUGAACAGACCCUCUGCCCAGAUAGAUGUUUAAAUUCCACCCAUUGCUGGUAAAUGAAUUGACAUAGAAGCCCCCAUAAGAUCGGUCUUGCGUUGACGCCCACCUCCCCUCAGUGUGACCUUCACGACGCUGCUGGAGGCUGCAGUCACUGCCGUGGGUUCAUGGUGCUGUGGAUCAGGGCUCCAUGUGAGGUGGGGUAUGGAGGAAAGGAGAAUCGCUGACUUCCAGGGAUGCAGAUGAGCCGUCUCUUUCCAGAUCCAGAUAAACCUAUUAUUCAUUCAUUACGGCUUAUUAUUAGCAGACUUCUGUACUGUUAUAUUUUAUGCUCAUUUCUUGAAAGUUUCCUGAGAAUUUCUAAAUUUUGUACCUUGUUCUAAGUGCAUAUGUGGCAAUUAAAAUGAGAGGAAGAAA